GUUGACUGAUAAGGACAGAGGAGACACGAGGAGCAGGAGGAGGACUGCUCUAGAGUUACAGCUCCUAAAGGGUGGUCGAAGUUUUCCUUCGCUCUGGUUCUGAUCCAUGUCUGAGCAGCACCAGCGUUCUGGCAAUGUGACUGAUUGAUCCAGUAUGAUGAACAGUAAAGAUUAAGAGGAUGACAAAUGAGCACGCUGCUUACACAGCGCUUGGGGCUAAUCCUCCACCCUCCACCCCUCGGGGCUCCCUUUUGAGGACCUGCUGCCUAAGAGGACACAGACAGUGACAUACGGACUCGUGGAGGUCACACACCCUCGGCCCAUCGUUACUCUACAAUUCUCAACUAGAGCUCAUGGCAGGAGCCCGACCCAUCUGCAUCUCCUCACUGCUGUAGCAUCUGUCCACCAGAGACAAAUUUAUUUAGACUUUUCAAACUCAAUAGUAGAAGACACACUUUUUCAGACUUUUUCAGAAAGAAAUGAUGGAAGACCACCUGUCGAAGAUCCCCAUGAUGCCCUCUUCUUCUCCCACGGAGUCUUUUGUGAGUGGUGGGACAGAAGACUCCAGAGGAGCCAAGAGUCCGACACCGGGAAAAGCUCUGAGCCCGGCUCUGGUGUGCAAAGUGUGUGGAGACACCAGCAGCGGCAAACACUACGGCAUCUACGCCUGCAACGGCUGCAGCGGUUUCUUCAAGAGGAGUGUGAGGAGGAGGCUCAUUUACAGGUGCCAGGCUGGGACCGGCAUGUGUCCAGUGGACAAAGCCCAUCGGAACCAGUGCCAGGCCUGCCGGCUGCGGAAGUGCCUGCAGGCGGGUAUGAAUAAGGACGCCGUACAGAACGAGAGGCAGCCUCGCAGCACAGCUCAAGUCCGUUUGGACUCCAUCGAUGUGGAUCCUGAGAAAGAGCAUCUGGCCACCACGCGCGAGCCGACCUCCUCCUCCUCCUCCUCCUCAUCAUCGUCCUCCUCCUCCAGUGGCUCUGCUGCCACGUGGCCCCACAUUACCUCCUCCAUGUCCAUCACCUCCUCUGUGGCCCCCCAGCGCUGUGUCAGCCCCCAGAACAACCACCGCUUCAUGGCCAGCUUGAUGACAGCUGAGACCUGCGCCAAGCUGGAGCCCGAGGACGUUGAUGAAAACAUCGACGUGACCAGCAAUGAGCCAGAGAGGCCGUCCUCGGAGUACCACCUGGCGCUGUACCCGUCCAGUUCUGAGAACGUGUACGAGACCUCGGCCAGGCUGCUCUUCAUGUCAGUGAAGUGGGCGAAAAAUCUGCCAGUGUUUUCCAACCUGCCCUUCAGAGACCAGGUGAUCCUGCUGGAGGAGGCAUGGAGCGAGCUCUUCCUGCUCUGUGCCAUCCAGUGGUCUCUGCCUUUGGACAGCUGUCCUCUGCUCUCCUUGCCAGACCUUUGUCCCGGCAUGCAGGGCAAAACCAGUUACACCAGCCUGGACCUGCGCCUCCUGCAGGAGGUCUUCAGCCGCUUCAAGGCCCUGGCUGUGGAUCCCACUGAGUUUGCCUGCCUCAAGGCCAUUGUGCUCUUCAAGCCUGAGACUCGAGGUCUGAAGGACCCAGAACAAGUGGAGAACCUCCAGGAUCAGUCUCAGGUCAUGCUGGGUCAACACAUCCGCUCACACUAUCCGGGUCAGCCCGCCAGAUUUGGGAAGCUGCUGCUUCUCCUCCCCUCCCUCCGUUUUGUGAACUCUGAGCGGAUAGAGCUGCUGUUCUUCCACAGGACCAUCGGGAACACUCCAAUGGAGAAGCUGCUGUGUGACAUGUUCAAAAACUAAACCAGAAAAGUGUACAGACUCCUCAGCCAUCCUGGACAUGGGAUGAUAUUUUGUAAAUACAUAACAGAUAUUCUGCAUUUUUGUAAAAGCCACUUUAUUGUUUGUUGCUUCCAGAGAAACCAUCAUCAUCCUCGCUGACAGUUUGUGUCAUUUAGAUGUUGAUUUGUGACCCAGGUUCCUCCCAUAGCCUUGUUUUUGUGUAUCUGUUGGAGGAUAGAUGGAUUUUGUCCUCCUCCUGUUGUUAAUGUGACUCACAUGUUCAUGUUGUCAUGCCUUGAUAAAAUUAAAACGGCUCAAAUGUG